AUGGCAAACUGCACGAGCUCGGGGGAAAUUGCCCGCGAACGAAAGGAGAGCGUCAAGCGACUGGCUAGUUCCCAUUUCCGUAUGAAAGAUCCUCGCUUCUUAUUGGGAGGCAGAUGGAUUGCCCGGGCCCGAGGAGGCUUGAAUCUGUGUUCCGGGGAACGUCGCACAGGCGGCACGCUGGACACUCAGUUGCCCAUCAUGAAGCAUUUGGCAAACUACGAAAGCUUGAAAUCAGGCCUGAUGUGCGGUGCUGCCCGCUGUGAUGUUGUUGGCUCUUUGUGUCAAGCGAAACCAAACUCCAUUAUCUUCAAUGCUGCUCCUGGCCCAGCUGGAGCCACCUGCCACAAAACUUAUUUGUUCAAUUCCUAUACGCAACAAAUUUGCAUCGACGACGCGAUAAUAGUUCAUGAACAAAACGAUAGUUCAGAGAGCCCACAUCAUUGUCUACCAGGCGAAUUCCCACAAGAUAAUGCUGAUGCCGCUGAGAGAGACGACAACAUCCUUACAGUGGAAGAGGCUCCACAGCAAGUUGAUAACGCUUUGCAGCGACCUCCUCGCACGAGGACAGAAAAAGCUAAGGCUUCAAAUGUAAACCAGACUGUCACUUAUACUGCCCAUGCGAUCGACAAUCUUGCAGAUGUUGUCGACACCCUUAAUAUCUCCUCAAGUGCUACUAUCAGUUACGCCAGCAGCCACAGCAAUGGUUCCGCUAGUUUUGUAAAAGAAAACAGUAUCAGCGAAAGUGAUAUCAAUUUCAUCGUCUCUGUCAAAGUGACCAACGAGCUCCCCAUCAACCCAACGCAAUUGGAGUUUCGGCCGCUGGAUGGCUUGGAACCCGAUCAAUUCUCAGAGGUAUAUGGUGAUUGUUUUAUCGCCGGCUUCCUUGAGGGCGGUGCAUUUUCAGCCAUAGUUAGUAUCAAAGUCCAGGACAAGAAUAAGAUCUCUAGGGUGAAAAUGGCGGCAGAGAUGCAACUUUCGGCUACCAAAUACUUCCAGCCCUUGAGUGGAGCCAUGGCUGAUAGGGGUGGGAGCAUCAAAAAGCCAAAGGCGAGUUGGGACCUGCCAACUAUCAUCCAAGCUGCCAAUGACUUUCCCACCCAAGUUUCGAAGUAUCCACAGAGGACUCAGGCCAUCCUCAUGAGCUACAACUCCGUUCGGUCAUUCCAUGAGUUUAAUGCAAAAGCUCCACGACCCUUCCCAGAGCUAUAUACCGCCGACCUUCUCAUCAUAAAAAACCCUGAUCUAUACCAGGCAAAAGAAGUCACAGACAAGAUCCCGAAUCCCAUUGACAGUGACCCCAUUUCCCUAAAUCAAGCCAAAAUCGAUUGUCGAAAAGGAAUGACUAUGAUCCUCGAAGAGAUAUAUAUCGGAACAUUUGGGAACAGUGACAACAAUGGCAUCAGCUGUGCAUCCUCUGUUCCCGAUGAAAUGAACAUGAUCAAUAAAUAUGUCUCGCGCCCCUCCUUUCUUCCACAACUAGGAGAAAAUCAAGGGGGAAAUUUUCCACGAGUUACCAAUACAUUCUAUUCCACAGCUUCAAGCACUUCGCCUGAUGGUCAAGUCGGGUUGCCAAUCCCCAAUAAUACUGUGGAAAGCUCAGAUGCUGUCGAAAAUACAAUCACGAACGAUACUUGGGGACAAAUGAAGCCUAAUAGAUCUUGUAUGCCAGCUCCGCGGUUCAUCGCUUCUGCAAACCUAAGCCUUCUUAGUAUGGUCUACAAUGCCCUUCUCCUGAAAUGCUGUUUCCGAAGGACCAAAAAAGUGAAAUUCAGGACUCCAAGAGAGAGUUCGAACCAGGAGUAUCCUAUUCGACAGGAUCAAGUGGCAGUCAUGCCUGGUGCAACCACAUCCCCCUAA